UGUUUACUGUUUUUUUUAUGUUUCCAAACGAUUUCAGGUCUUUACUGUUUUUUUCUGUGUAGUUGUUUGUCAUUGAUAGUUUGUUUGUAGUUUGUUUGUAGUUGUAUUACAGUUUUCAUACUGUUUUAUUCAGGAUUUAUAAUUUAUUUUGGCCAUUUUCGUUAUGUUGCAGGUUUGGGACUGUAAAUUUAGUCCUUCUGAUUUUUACAGAUCUAAGUGUGUAUGCACCAGUGUUUAUUCCGUGAUAGAUAAUAUUAAGAACACUUUAUCUGUUAAUUUACUUUCUUUGUUUCGUCAAACUCAGUUUGGGCAUUUUCUGGAUAUGCCUGAGUUUGUUUUUCAUCCGCAAGUCGUACAUAGUUUAUUACUAAGGAAAGUUUUACAGCCCAAUCCUAAAGAGUUUUGGGCUAAGGUUGCUGGUCGUUGCAUACGGUUUAGUGCCGAAGAAUUUUACCUGAUUUCUGGUUUAGAUUGUUUCGGUGAUUGCAACAAGUUGUUGUUUUCACAGGAAACAAAUCAAUUGGUAGAAACAUGUUUCCGUGGUGUAAAAACUAUUGACCACAAAGCCAUCGAGGAUGCUUUUUUGGGUAGUCGGUGGGGUUUGGAUGAGUCUAUUGGUUUGAAAAUGGCUGUUUUGUAUUUCAUUCAGUGUUUUCUUCUUAGCAAUACUCCUGACAAAGAAGUGUCUAGGUUUGUUCUAGAUGUAGUUGAUAGCGGUCGGUGGGAUGAGUAUUGUUGGGGUAGGGAAUCAUUUGAAUUGACAAUUGACUCAUUCAAAGGUAGGAUCGAGCAUGGGAUCAUUAUGAAAAAUAGAAAGGCAGAGAAGGGAGGCCAAUAUGAUGGCUGGUAUAGGGCAUUGGGAUGUCCUUGGGUUUUCACGGUUUGGUUUUAUGAAUGCUGUCCUGCAAUGGUGAACUCUUUCUGUAAGAGAGUUUCAUCUUCUAUUCCCAGGAUUCUGAACUGGAGCAACACCAUCGUCACCAAAAAUCCAACCCUUCGAGACUUGAAGGGCAAGAUUUUUGAUUUACCUUUGGAGAAGUUGAAGAUAAAAAACAUGCGUCCUACUGAUGAAGAGAGGCAGCAGCUUCAACUUGACGGUUUAUUUCUCGAUGAAUCUAUUGAUGAUCGUGGUGUAGCGAAGCAAUCCUUCGAGGGUGGGUCAUCUUCAAAGAAGUCUGAUUCAGCAGAUAUUGAUUGGAUGAAAUCUAAGCUGGAGAUGCUCAUUUCGAAUCAAUCAUCAUUGGCCGAGGACUUCAUUUCAUUGAGGUGUUUUGUUGAUUUUAAUUUCAAAUCUGUAAUGACUGUAAUUAAGGAUAUCCAGGAGAAGGUUAAUGCCAUUCAUCGUCGUCCUUCUGAUGAGGUAUUUAUUCUUAUUUUAUUGUUUAGGUUUUUUUAUAUUUUUUUUUUAAAGUUUCUUUACUGUUUUAUUUAAGUUUCAUUUAUGUUGGUUGAUACAGGGAAAGUCAUCGGAUGAAUUAGUAACUCAAGAUUCUAAUGAUGAUGCUGAUGAUGAUGAUGAUGAUGAUGAUGAUGAUGAUGAUGAUGAUGAUGAUGAUGAUGAUGAUGAUGCCGAGGAUGAUGAGAAGUAAUUGCCUGAUCCAGAAAAUAUUGAUUCCAACUCCGACGAUGGUGGUGAGUUGGUUAAAGUUGGUGGGGAUGCUGAUGAUGCUGACAAGGCUGUUACUGCUGUUCCUUCUGCUGAUGUGAAUCCAUCUGAGGCUGUUGGAAGGAGUGAUAAAAAUGUUAAGGAUGUUGAGAAGCCGAAGGGCGAUGAGUCUCGAUUGAAGGGGGACGAUUUCUUUGAUGGGUUGAGCCAGCUUGAAAUAGAUGAUGAUCAAGUUGUGUUGGCUGGCUUGGAGGCUGUUGGUAAAAUCCAUGUAAGUUUACUUUUAAUUGUUUUCAAGAAAACUAGGUUUCUUUUUGGUUGCUCAUUAGUUUCUAGUAUGUUUUGCAACUGUUUUAAUGCAUUCUUUCUUUUUUAGGUCCCCGCACCCAAUCCAGAUGUUGUUGGUGAAAAGUCAGAUGCCCUUCAUACUGAUGAAGAAACUGAGGACACGGUCUCUGAUACACCUCUGUUGGAUAAGAGGAAGCGUGCUCCAGCCUUGAAAUCUCCAUUUGUUGACUUCGGGUCUGCUGAUGUCGGGAGCACUCCAAUGGAGCUUAUGUCCUCAGGUUCUCAAUCAGCUGGGGAUGAUAGGGAUUUCAAAAUGGUGACUUAUGUGAAGGGCCUUUAUGCUCUUAAUGAUGCUUUUGCUGAUCCCGUAUCUACCGAGAUUGAGGCAAAAUUUGACGCUUGGAUUGGUGAAGGAUUGCUUAAACAUCCUAGGUGACUGUUUUUAUUAAAUCUGUUUUUGUGUUAUGUUUUUUUUUUCAGUUUUAUUCCUGUUUUAAUGCUAUUUUUUUUGCUGUUUUUUUGU